AUGUUUUCUCAUACCUUGAGACGUUUAGCUGUCUCAAGGGUGGCAAUUGAGAGUUACAUGGAUUAUCUUCGAAAUACGGACAGGGAUUUGCCUGCUCUUAGCGAAAUUCUACCGCGACAUCAGGCGAAUUCUAAAGAUCUUCUACAGUUUCAUUCACUAUUAUCUGAAGUAAUGCAGGAAAACGGCUUUAAUUUUAUGGGUAUCAAGGUAAUACCUCCUUCUUCAACUGCUUUACAAUGUUUGAGAUGGACCGACGCGGUUUGUGUUCCGAUGUUUUCAAAUGCAUUUCAGCAAUCGGAUUUGUCAGUCAAGCAACAUCGGAUUCAGUUUAUUGAGCCUCUCUUUGUUUUACGGUUGGGCCGUGAUGCGCCAUCUCAGUUGUCUGUAACCGCAGCAGCUGCCGUGUGUGAUGUAUUUCGUCCAGGGAUCGAGCUUACUGGUUCACGGUUUCCCUUUUAUCCUCCGCAUGCAACGGGAUUUGCUGCAGAUUUAGGUGGUUGUAUUGGUGUCCGUCUUGGUGAGGAAACUGCGCUGGCUAAUACGCCGUUGGACAUACUAGGAAAUCAUUUUUUUGUAAUGACGAGAAAAAAUGAACCCAUCCAGGUUGGUUCUGGGAAAAAUUGCCUGGGAGACCCUUCUGCAGCCGUAGCCUUGGCAGUAGCCUACGCGGCUUCUAUCGGGAAGCCUCUUCGUACUGGAAACUAUGUUUUUUGUACUGGAGUGGGAACACGUUCCCCUGCUAUGCCAGGCGAAUAUCAAGUGAAUUAUGGUGUGUACGGUAGUGUGUCCUGCUCCCUUUCUUGA